CUCACUAUUGUCUGUAGUUCCUUCAGUCACGCUUUAUCUCUGACUCGUCAAUCAAUUAGACCUGUCUUCCUAUAUCAGCCACCAUGCCCAGCUAUACCGGAAAAUGCGUUUGUGGUAACGUCAAGUACAGCGUGUCAUUGGACUCGCCCGAUGACGCACGAACAUCACUUUGUCAUUGUGGAAGUUGUAAAAGGGCAUUUGGAACCAAUUUUGGACUUACCACGAAGGUCGCACUUGAUGGCUUCAGCUACGACCAAGGCAAACCCAAGACCUUCAAGCAGGAGAAUGGCGUAGUUCGAGAGUUUUGCCACAAUUGCGGAGCUUUCAUCUGUGAAUAUGGUGAACAAGCUGCGGACAAGUUUCGAUACAUCAUGUGGGGAACCUUUGACGAACCUGACAAGUUCCCUCCCAAGGGAGAGUUCUUCUGCAAGUAUAGAGAGAGCUGGAUGCCAGAAGUACCAGAUAUCUUUCAUAAGAAUGAGAUCAAGGAAUAAAUUCGGCGACCGAAGCUAGCCGUCAAUAUUCUGAUACUGGCUAUUGAGAUUCUGUUUAGAAAAGUCUCGAGAAUGAUAAAACCAUGCUUGCUACUCCCUAUGUUUCUAUCAAGAAUCAGACUAUCUUGAUAUUCUCCCAAAUAACAUUCUCAGUAACAGCCUCUCCCUGCAUAGCGCCAUGUAUAUAAGUCUCUCCAAUAAGACAAUAAUCAUUUCUCU